AACUAAAUUGUUUUGCCCUUUUAUAUUAGAAAUAUCUUCUACGUACAAAUUCACAGAGUAAGUUUACAUAUUUUUUUAGAUUCGCGUAGAUCAAUCAGUGCUUCGGAAAGUUUACUGGAACUAACGGACAGCACGAAAUUAUAACAGCCACCGUAUGGCUCAACCCCUCCUAACAGCGUGUGGAUUGAACGAUCAAAGACUCCCCGCAUUUACUUUGGUGAAACAGCACUCGGGCGUAGAUGGCAGUUUCCUCAUCGCUUCCGUCCUCGGUCAGCGGCUCAAGCUGUCCCGGGAAAAUCGGGUCCUGCUAGUGGCAGCGCAGCACAAUUACAAUCACUACAGUAGUGCGUGCCUUAAGCUCGCCUACAACUUGGCACCGUCGCGUGACUCCGGUCAACUGGAAGUGCUGGAUGUUGGGGCUGAGCUGUAUCAAAACUAUCCGGCCAGCUGUCCCCGGCUAGAUGAUGUUGUUAAACGAAUACGAACGUUCCUGGAGGGUUCCCCGAGAGGGACGGUUUUGUUUGAUGAUUUGAUGUAUUUCCUCAACUUUGACGAUUCGGAGACACAGUUAAUCGAUAUUAUGGAGGAUCUCGCAGGCAAUCUGAGCGAGGAUCAAGCGCUGGUUGUUAAGCUGAAUACGGCAGAUUUGUACGAGGUUCUAUGUGCCAAUUUGGAUGAUUUGGCGCAAACGACAAUUCAGCUCGAGCGCUUGCCGUCAGGCACAUUCCGGGAAGUAGAUGGAAAGAUGAGCGUGAGCAGGUGGCAACCAUCGGAGGCCGAAUCGUUGAUCAGCGUUAAACAGUUAGAGCGAUCGGUAUUGUUCAAGGUGUGUGAGAGAAAUGUUAGAAUUUUCGUUCCUGGUGAGCUUGGAAUAAAACAUUUGUGAGCGUUAUGCAUUAAGUUA